AUGUCACUGUCAAACAAAAUCAAAUAUUUGAUCAUUAAUGCGGACGAUUUCGGAUAUUGUUCAAAUCGUGAUUCAGCUAUAAUCGAUCUGUUCAAACAACAGUCAAUAUGUUCAACAAGUCUUCUUGUCAAUGGUUCUAGCGCAUAUCAAGCAUGUUUGGCCGCAAAAUUAUGCAAUCUUCCAGUAGGUAUCCAUCUUAAUCUAACUGAAGGUCGACCAGUGACAGAUGAUCUAUUCAAAAUUCGAUCGUUAGUCAAUACCCAAGGUCUCAUGCAUGGUAAAUAUGGUUUACGUAGAGAAUUAGAGCAAGGAACUAUCAGACGAGAACAUGUUCAACAUGAGAUACAGAUGCAGAUAAAUAGAUACAAAGAAUUCACCGGUGGGAAGCUCCCAAGUCAUAUUGAUGGACAUCAGCAUAUUCAUGUUCAUCCACUGAUUGUUGAAAGUGUUGCCCGAGUUGCUAAACAGUAUCAUAUCGAUUACAUUCGUGUGCCUAAUGAUCAGACGAUUGAUUCGUUCGAAAUGGGUCAGCAGUCGUUCUAUCGAGAGAUUGUUCAAGAAGCACGAAUGGCGAUGAACGUGUUUGAUCGACAUUCGUUGAUCUAUCCGAAGUAUUUUCUCGGUAUCACGCUGAUGGGUAAAGAGUUCACAUUGGAGAAUAUCGAAAGAUGUUUACAAAUGUUGGAGAAAAAUCAGACGGAAAACAUCUAUGUGGAACUGAUGUGUCAUCCAGGUCAUCCAUGCGAUCGAUUUCUUGGUGGCUGCGGAACUAAUACUCCCGAUGAAUUUUCUCAGUCAGAUGAUCGAGAACAUGAAUAUCGUCUUUUAUCGAGUAGACAGUUGAAAGUUUUAUUCGAAAAAUAUAAUGUUCAGCUCUGCAGUUAUGCUUCUAUGUGUUAA